AUUUAUAGGAGAAGUUUAGGUAUAAUACAUAGAGUGUUAUGUUAUCAGAAGAAAUGUAGAGUGAGAUUACAGUACCCCUGGAAAGAGCUAUGGACCGCAAUGAUAUGUUUAUUGAAGUUUAUCAUGUCUCACGAAACAGCAUUAGUUAAAAAACAUAAUAUAUUUCACUUAGCUACCAAGGUUGUAAAUGUAUUUAAUUUAUUUGUAACAUAUGGUGAUACAUUUUUACCUAAUCCUAAUAGCUAUGAUGAACUGUAUUAUGAAAUUAUUAGAAUGCAUCAAGUGUUUGAUAACUUGUAUUCCAUGGCUUUAAGAUAUACAACAACAGAUGGUGAAUAUAAAGAUUCUGCUGCUAGACUAACCAAUAAUCUAGUCAAUAUAAGAGCAAUUAUCAACCAUUUUACUCCUAAAGUUGAUUCCUGGUCAGCAGCUAAUAAUCUGAAUACAUUAACAGAAGAUCAAGUACUGGAAGUUGUCAGGAGUAAUUAUGAUACUUUAACAUUAAAAUUACAAGAUAAUUUAGAUCAGUUUGAAAGAUAUUCAGAAAAACCAAAAGAAACACCAUUCUUUACUCAACUUGUACGGUCUAUAACAUGUGAUGUUAGGAAACAUGUCUCUAAUUUAGCAACUCAACAUCAUGACAUGUUAAUGGAACUCUCACAAGCAUCAUAA